GGCGACGCGCAUGCGCGUGUUCCAAAUCCGCACGUACAUUCUGAAUGUUAACGGAUAUAACCGUCGAAGCGCAAAAAAAACAACACCGCCGGCGUUAUUCGACGACUGCCCCCGCGCGCCACAAACGAAGGACGAAAUAACCCUCGGCCUCGACUUUCCUGUUUUCGCCACGAGCGAGGCCUCUCUGACAGCCGACCCUACCUGCCUGUCUUGAAUACGCACCUCCGGCAGCCUUUUCUCCACAACAACCUCCGGUUCCGGGUUCACGAGGGACACCUCCCGGCGAAUGAACUGAAGUAACCUCGUCGGCUGAGGUCUAAGUUAGCUGACGCGCGCAUGCGCAAAUACUCCCUAACGCGCGCUCCGCUACACGGAAAUGACGUAGAGGCCGCCUGCGUGUAGAGCGUUCUGCGAGCGCAUUGGAAGGUUUUCACUGGGACCGUCGAACUCUGCGCGCUUCGCCCGUUGCCGUGGUGACCCGCGCGGCGAGCGGAAGUCGAAGUUUCCCGCCAAUGUAGCCUAGAUAAAAGGCAAAGGGCGGGGGGGAGGCGGCCUUGGUUCAGACGCCCAGUUCCGAAAUGGCGGACGUGCUGGAAGGAGCCCGGGUACGCGUAGCCACAAGUCAGUUGGCGCAGUACAUUGGGAAGCCCGUUUGUUUCGUGGGGCGCCUGGAAAAGGUAAGAGUGGCUCCCUUACUCCUCUUCGUCCGCCAGGGGAUUUGCCUUGCAGAGCAUUGCAGGCCCCUUGGGGUGGUGCAUCCGCAAUGCCCAUGGUAUCCCUCGCUUAGCUCCAGACAAACUUUCGCCAAAGGCUCCUGCUCUUUAAUGUUGCCGUUUGUGAGACAGCUGAAGUCGAGGCUCAUUUGUCAUCCUUUAUUUAAAAACAAAACAUUUAUCUCUUGUUUGGUUUGCAGUAUGAACACAUUAAAUAUUGUAUAUAUAUUGUUAGUUUUACAUGAUGAUUGUUGAUUAUACACAACAAACAUAACAAUUCCACACAAUUCAACAAAAAAGAAAGAGGUUGUCUCGAAGCUUCUGACCUCCCUCACUCCAUGAGUUCCAUUUCUAAAAAUUUGUUCCUGCUUCUUUUACUGUAAUGUAAUCUAUUAUAAAUCCAUAGUAUCCAAAGUUUGUGUUACUUUACAAGUGUUAAUGUAUUCCUGCUAGUGAUUUCAACUGUUUACAGUGGGAACACAUUAAAUAUACACAGGAGGGGUGGUAUAGAAAAUUAUUCAUAGGAUAUUUAGCAAAUGAAGUUUAUUAUAUUGGUACCCUGCUUUGGAUAACUGCAAAAACUCAAGUCAAUUACAACCCCAAUACCCCCAAAAAAUUAUAAGUGAGAGGAAGCAACAGGAGGAGAGUGGAGGUAUAUAUCCUUAUUUUGUAUAUAUUACCUUGAAUCUGUUUGGUUUUUAGGCUUGCUUGAUGUUGCCAUUUAUUUUCUCCCUCUUAAUAUUGUUAUUGCAGAUGUAGCUCCCAUGGGGCUCUGUUACGGAUAUGCAAUUCAUUUUAGUAGAGUAAUUAAAUCUCUCCAUCACCCUUAUUAAAUGAGAUGUUGCUUUUUUUUUUCUUUUUUCUUUUCCUUCCUGGAAUGUGACUUGCAUUUUUACAGGCUGCCAUGUACAGUUUUAAAGCAUGCAGUUAUGCCCACAUGUAACAUGGAGUAUUACCUGAGUGCUUCAGUAUUUCCGACAAAAGACUGACACAGUGGUGUUGAUAGGCAGGUGCAGCAGGCUAAAAGUGCCUUUAAAAUGAGUGUUUUGAAAUUUUAUUUAGAUUCAUCCAUCUGGGAAAUUUUUCUUUCUAUCUGAUGGAGAAGGAAAAAAUGCAACCGUGGAACUGGAGACACCUGUAAGUAUGUCUUGUCUUUUGGAAGAUUUCAUAAUUCUUACGCUUAACAGUUUUUGCUGGUGUUGAGCAUAAAAAGGUAAAGGUACCCCUGCCCGUACGGGCCAGUCGUGACCGACUCUAGGGUUGCGCGCUCAUCUCGCUCAAGAGGCUGGGAGCUGGCGCCGUCCGAAGACACUUCCGGGUCACGUGGCCAGCGUGACGAAGCUGCAGCUGGCGAGCCAGCACCAGCGCCACACACGGAAACGCCAGUUACCUUCCCGCUAUAAAGCGGUACCUAUUUAUCUACUUGCACUUAAGGGUGCUUUCGAACUGCUAGGUGGGCAGGAGCUGGAACCGAACGAUGGGAGCUCACCCCGCCGCGGGGAUUCGAACCGCCGGCCUUACGAUCAGCAAGUCCUAUACAGUGGCUUUAAUUGUAGAAGCGGAAUUGACCUGAACAGUCUUUGUGUUGCUGGUAUAGCAGUUCCAUAUAUGAGGGCUUCAAGUUCUAAACCUCAGCUAGAUAAAGGAACUUACAUAGUUCUCGUAUUAGCCCAGUAACAAGAAUAAGCACUACUGCAUUUACAACUGCCCCAUCAAGUUACAUACCUGAAGACUAUAGAAGCAUCUUCUUAGACUGAACAGUGUGCUGAUUAUAUUUUUAUAUUCUUACUCUUCCGCUUUGCAUAACUCCCCUGCCCCAUAGGUUUGUCUGGGAUUGUUUGUUGCUCACUCCUAAGCCAUAUAUAUAAGGUUAGAAUCAAAUGCAGUAGCCUGCUAGUGCUACAGAUAUUCAGCUAACAUAACCUCUGCUUUUCUGUGCUGUACGGUACUGAUGCUUCUGCUUGGUGCAACAAAAUUAACUUCCACACCAACAAACUCCUUUGUCUUAUGUUUGAUCUUGCCUAUUCUUCACAGUCAUCUGUAUAUCAUUUGUAUAGGGUUAUCAGUGUGUGCGUGUGCAUGCAUGCUCACAUGAACAGCAAAAUUCAGGUGAAUUUACUGGGGUGGGUCAGGCAAGACAAAAGGCUUGAAUGGGCUGUGUUUGUCACAGAUUCCCAAAAUAUGUGAUGUAGUUCAGCUAGGUGGAUGUUUGAGAGAAUAGAUAACCUCACCUUUACUUGGAAUGAACUUCACUUUCUUGAACAUUCUUAAGUAAUUCUUAAGUGUUUUAUGGUAAGGUGUUAAUGUAGAAUAGAGAGCCAAGUUUAGUGAGUUGUAAUUUCAAUUCAUAAGUGCUAUGUUGGAACACAAAGUGAACUCCCAGAAACGUGGUGGGUGGAGGAGGUGUAAAACUGAUUGUUGGUAAAAUUCUUAAUAAAGACAUUUACUUGUUCAUCUGCUAUUGCAGCUUGAAGAAGAGAUCUCUGGGGUCAUUGAGGUAGCAGGAAGAGUUACAAAUCAAGUAAACAUAAUGUGUGCAUCAUAUACCCAGUUCAGAGAAGAUAAAAAUGCAUUUGGUAAGUGAAUUAUUUCCUCCCUCAUUGCAAAUUGCAGUUUUUCAAUACUUUUGAAUAAGCUUCUGGCACUCUUGAUUAACAAGUUUCUUUCAAUAAUGGUCAGUUCUUAUCUACUAUUUUCCCCCAUGGAAGUUAUGUUUGGCAUGAUACGCAAAGAAGUAGAUGCACAAAAUACAUUUUCAGAAAUUAAAAUCCCAUGUGGAUACAGUGGUACCUUGGGUUAAGAACGUAAUUCAUUUUGGAGGUCCAUUCUUAACCUGAAACUAUUCUUAACUUGAAGCACCACUUUAGUUAAUGGGGCCUCCUGCUGCUGCUGUGCCGCCACUUGCGAUGACAGCUUCAUGGUCAUAGAUCAAGUUGUCAUUCCUGUCUGUUCAAAACACUGAACUUGGUAUAUAUCUAGCCAGAUAGGAUAAUUCUGUUAUUGAUGUAUUAAAUCUGUUAUAUAGACUCUUCUAUCCAAUAUAGUUAUUGCUCUUACAGAGGGAGAGCUGUUGUGGAUACAUUUACAAAUCUGAGCUUUCGUCAAUUGGAUUUUUAUCAAAUUAAUCCCUGUUCACAUUCAGGCAAGAUACUGGUUAAAGCAACCCCUUGAAAUAUUUUUAACCUUCCUGACUUUGGAAUUGAGUAUAUGUUUCUUUAAGAAUGAGAUGCACAUUAUAGUUAGCGUUGUCUCUUAGGUAGUAUUGUAUAAAUAGGAUAGUUCACUUGCACUAAUGUUUUUUAAUGUUAUAUUCUUGUUUCUUUCAGAUUUAGCACUAUAUAAUGAAGCUCUGAAAAUUAUCCAUGAAUUUCCUGACUACUACCCUUUUAGUACUAAUGCAUGAUUGGUACUUUUUGUUACAACUUAAGAGUGGACAAUUUGGUGAUGCUUACUGAACAGAACUGUUCAAGAAUCUCUGUAUGAAAUAAUCUUGCUUAAAGUGUACUUGGGACUGUCUGCUAUGCCAGCAAUAUAGUACAUAAUCUAGAAGUUCAUGCAUUUGUAUCCUAAAUGGCGAUGCUGUCCUGAGGAUAUAAAACCUGUGUCUAGUGAGAGACAGUAUUUCGCAAUAGAUAAGCAUUUUAAUGUUAAGCUGUCACUCAGGUAACCAUCUUAGGUAAAUACAUAACACAGUGCUUACUUUUAUUUUAUUUUUAGGUGAUCUUUUGUACAUGAAAAGUAUCAGAGAAAUCAGUGUAUUAAAUAAAAUGCAAACUAUCAUAAUAUUGAUUACAUCUAAACUAAAACGUGUUUGGUUUUAUUCUAAGACUUAAUUGGCGCUUUAGUCGCCUUACCUAACCAGCAUGUUAUAGCAGUUCAACAAUAAACACCAUUUAUGUAGUAGUUCUUGUUUGAAGAAUGAUUCAUUCCAAAUAUCUGUUCUUUACAAGGUAGUUGGAAUAUUAUUGUAAAGCAGGACUCCUGGGGUUUUUUUUGGGGGGGGGCACCAUAAAUCAAAGCCUAAUUUUUCAAUGUAGAUUUACUAUAAAAGUAAACACUUUGAAUGUUGGAGCUUCCCUGUUUACUUUUAACACCCAAUAUUGCCCGGUGCUGAAAUCAGAACACAAUACUACAAAAUCUGGUACUAGUAUCUACCGGGACUAUUGCAGCAUCACCUGUAUGAAGGUCAUGAAACAUUCAGCUUAAUCAAAAUGGGAAGUUAAAUCAAGCUUUUAUUUUACAAUGUCAAAAGGAGAAGCAACUGUAUUAACAGAAGUGGUUAAAAACCCUCAGUCUGCAGAAACACAUACACAAGCUGAAAUGCCUGAGAACUGUCUUCGAGUCAAAACUAAUCUAUGCAGUACAGCCCCUGCAUCAUUGAGCACUGAGUGUUAAGAUAUUCAUACAGAACUUUCAUGUACACAAAAGACUUUGUGCCCUCUCAAAGUCAGCAAAUACAGCUGCUUUCAUUUUACAAAAUACUGUUAAGACAACUGGAUAACACAUUAUUAGCAGUUCCUAUUUACAUACUCAGUAUAAUUUUUUACAGAAGGGAAGGAGACACCAUAUUAAUAUCAGAGCUCUUUUAAUACUUUGAAUAUAAGGGCACAAAAAUAAAGUCUAUAAGUUGCUCUUAAUGGCUUAAAAUUAAUUCUAGAUAUUCUGGAAAUGUAUUGAAGCAACUACAAAAAUACAGGAACUUAGAUAUUGUGAUAUGCAUCUCAAAUAUUGAUCAAUAGUAAAAAUGCAAUUCUGACAGGAAGUAGACUUUGACUAAGGCAAUACAACAUUUUAAAAAAUGGUGUACAUAGAAAUAAAUAUUUCUGCUUCCAUUAAGCAUUUGUUUCCCCCUCCCCUUUUAACAUCAUAUCUUUGUACAAAGACGGAAGCUUGGAUCCAAAAUGGCCUGCGUGCAAGUACAACUCUCUCCCACUUGCAUCUGUGGCCAAUUGUUGACCUUCCCACUGCACCACAUUGCCCUUCAUAAUGCAGUGAGAAAGCAGGCAAGAAAGCCCAGGGGCAUGCACAGAAUAUUGUGCAUGGUUCUUGCAUCCAAGCCAACAGAAGAUUGUCAAUUAGGCAGCUAUAAUAUAGGCCAAACAAUUAUUACAUUGCAUUGAAAAUGUGCACAACGGAAGUUCAAGUUUCUAGUUGACUAGUGAAAGUUUGAAUGCAACUCAUUUGCCGUGUUGCUAAUUAACAGUAGAAAAAAUGUAAACUAAAAUGUAACAUGCACUACAGUAGGUGUGAGGAAUCUUUGGCUCUCCUAUCAACCCCAGUAUACGUGGCCACUGAUAGUGCGAGUUGUAGGUGAGCAAAAUCUAAAGUUCCCUACACCUGCACUAGUGUUCUAUACCAGUCAGUGUAUUGCCAUCUUGUGUAUUCAUUUCAUGGCAAUGUUACCUUUCUAUACUUUACACUAUUGAAGUAUAUCACAUACUAUCCACUAUCGAAAUCGAUAAGCUCCUUUAUUUUGACAUAGGCAGUUUUUUUGGAGGGGUAAAAUUUAUUUGCUCGUCAACAUCUGAUAUGAGCAGCCAUUGCCACAACACAUAUUCUAUGUCGUCCACAUUUUGUAAGUGAACUUUUAACUGUAAUGUCUCAGGCUGUUCUUGAUUGUGUAUUAUAUGCUUGUGGUUUUCUGAUGCAAAUGAAUGUCCUCUUGACCCAAAGCAAAAUUUGGAUGUAUGCAAUUCACACUAUAGUAUGUUUCGGGAAUACAGGUAAGCUGUCAUUUUUUUCAAAGGUUAGGUCUUUCACAUCAUUGAACUUAAAAAGCUUCAGAUUAAUUAAUACCGGACUGUAGCUGUGUAACACUAAUUACAUUAUUUUGGGAUGCCCCGCAAAGCAUGUUACACUGGCAUUGAGCUACUACUAUUUACUCAUCCAAACCAAAGCAGCUCAGCUCAUGCAAAGAUUUGUCUUAGGAGUGUCACAGAAAAGCAAUGCAGUGGUAGCUAAGUUAUAGAUGGGAGCAUAAACACUUUAAAAUCUAAGCUAGAAAAAAUGCUGGUGGAAACAUCUGUAUAUCCAGCACGACUGUCUUUCCAAGAAGAGUUUUCAGUAGUGUUUUAUAGGUUCAUGGAGUUACCAAAGCACAGCAAAUGAUGCCACUUCAUCUCAGAUGGAAGCCUCAAGGUCUGGACAGUGUAGUGCUGAAAGUCUUCCUGAAGGCUGCUUUGAAUUUCAAUGAAACCUAUAAAUGCCUCUUAAAUGAACUGCUUCACAACCCACUGAACAAAGUCCACAUGCCAAAUUUGAAGAAUCAAAAUCAACCACACAUCAAAUUGCUGAUGUGAUAGGAUGAUUUAUUUUUCUAUUACAGGCAAGUCAACAGUAACACGUUCAGAGGUAUGUGUUCGGGCUGUGAGGGAAACCUAUUGGAGAAAGCCUCUCAUGUGAAGGACCUUAUUUAAGCUCUAAUGUUUCAUGGCUGGAUCAUCUCUGCCGGGACAAGAUUCCCCGUUGUAUCCAGCUGCAUACAUUUGCAGGAACAGGCAGAAACAGGGCAUUCAGUAUGGUCCCUAGAUAAGAAAGAAGUAGCAUUAUAACACUGCAAGGCAGCCUUUUUAUUUUUUAAAAAAACAAAAAAAAAUGUUUAUUUUUCUCAUUAAAAAAGAAUAAAGCACUUUGGUAUUGGUUAGAAAGAGAUUACAGAAUACACAAAUGGUUAAAAUUGUUAUAAAAUAAUAAUAAUCCAGAGCUGCUCAUGUCUAUAAUCCACUCUACAAGCUACAUUUUAAAAGUGUCUCUGAAGUAUCUCCCUCCAAUUCUUAUUUUAAGCAAUAAAUAGAAAGCAGUGUGUUCAUGCUCCAAAAGUAAAAUUGAUUUGAUGCUAAAGAUUAAAACAGUUGGAAGUGGAGGAAUGCAGCUUGGAAUGUAAUACAAGAUGAUUAGCUACCACAGAAUAAUGUAUGUAACAUCCCACCACCCAUUUGAGCCUAAAUGCACUGCCUGGAAACAUCAAUUGACGGCAGUUGGAACAUUAUGUUCAUUCCCCAUAGAAUCUUUCAUGAGUGCAUUGUAUAGAGCUCUGGGCUACAGCUAAUGUGUUGAAAGAGCUUCUAGAACAAAGGGCGAUAGCUUUAAAAGGUAAUAUAACUGCUUUCAGGUCAAUACUGAGAAAACUAUAUGCCUCAAAUAUCCUACCAUGUGUCAGCUAGCAUUUACUGUGAUAAUAAUGAACAGCUUUAUUAUAACAUCUGAGGCCAUGUAGGCUACAGCAAGACAACAGAGAAAAUACUUGUAAGACCCUGAGAAAUAAAAAAUGCCCCAAAGUUGUAGAAGUGCAAAAAAAGCAAUUUAGCCUAUACAUGUGUAAUGAAUUCACUCAUGCCAACUGCAUGAGUUACUAGGAAGGCAUGUUUUGCAAGGCACCAUAUGCAACUAGUUCCAAUGGAGACCUGCUGUUCAGAGGGGGGGGGGAUUCCACCAAGGGGGCACAUAAAUCCUUGAGCAUGCCUGUUGUAGGUAUUUAGACUUAGAGCAGUAGUCAACAGUGCUAGUCCAAAAGCAGAACUACAAUAAGCUCCACUUGCACAAUGGAACUUAACCUCCCUCUAUGCCUUUGACAUCUGCACUGGCAGGUUGAGAGACCUUUCAGAGAAAAUUCGGAGGGUAGUAGGGGGACUGCAGGGGAAAGUGGAAGUUCCAUUGUGCAAGCAGAACUCUGAUCAUGCCAUGUUGGCUGCAAUCCUUAUACCGCCACUUUUUAGAGUCCAGGCAAAGAUUCAACAUUAAACCACUCUUGAACACCACACAUGAGAACAGCAGAAAGCCCUGUGUUCCCUUAGUCUUCAAAUACACUAAAUUUGUCUUAUGAAUCGUUCUACAUUAUGUGCUACCAUGUUCGGUUAAUGCUCAAGAUGGUGUUGGGUUUUGUAAUUUAAAAAAGCUCCUUAAUUCUUGUAUAUUUUGAGGAAAUGUGAACAGACUUUCAUCAAAGGUAUGAAUUUCA